AUCGUCAGCCGACCAUUGGAAUUGGGUGAUAAAAGAGUGAAGAAGUCCAAAAGGAGCCUACAACAGCGAAUCAGCCCUCUCUUCCCCAACCUUGCUUUCCGGUCCAUCGAAUUUGAUUCCUUCACUAUUCCUCCAACCAAAGGAGAGUUCUUCCCACUCCCUCUCUCUCUCUCUCUCUCUCUCUCUCUCUCUCUUCGCCUAGAUACUCUCUGCUCUGUGAGUUGAUCAUGGCCGCCAUUGAUAACCAACCGACUUGGGUUCCGUAUGUGCCAACGAGAGAUUGCUCUAUGGGCUUCUGUAGCGUCUACUGCCCUCAGUGGUGCUACACCAUCUUCCCUCCCCCUCCCACGUUAGAGUUCUCCGAUGGUAGCUCCGGCGUGACGUUCUCCCCUUUCGUGAUCGCCAUCAUCACCGUUCUCGCUACCGCCUUGCUUCUCAUCUGCUACUACACCAUCGUCUCUAAGCACUGCGGCGCCUUCAACUCGCUGCAAAGGCGAUUCCAACCCAGGGGCAACGACAACGUUGAGCUCGACGAUGAUGCUGCCGGCCUAUCUCAGGCCCAGGAAGCUUCGAAUGCUUCCCCGUUGAACGGGCUUGAUGAGGCAUUGAUCAGCAAGAUCGCAGUCCACAAGUACCGGAAAGGCGAGGGAUCGGUGCAAGGCACCGAUUGCUCCGUUUGCCUCAGCGAAUUCCGGGAGGAUGACAGCCUGCGGUUGCUCCCCAAGUGCAGCCACGCGUUUCAUGUGCAGUGCAUCGAUACAUGGUUGAGAUCACACUCCAAUUGCCCUCUCUGCCGAGCCAGUAUCGUCUCUAUGAAUCCAACGAUGCCAGCCACUCGGGAACCAGUGAACGAUCAUCAUCAGGUGGAAGAAAUGGUCAUGGUUGUAGCAGAGACAGUCGCUGGUGCGGAAGAGGAGAUGGAGCGCGGUUGUAGUGGUGAUGCAGCGAAGCAUCCUUCCAGAAUUUACUGUGAUUCGGGAGGGAUGGAGGAGAGACACACUGUGGUUGAGAUCAGAGAUGAUGAUGAUGAUGAUAUCCAAUCAAUUAGGCGAUCAUUCUCGAUUGAUGCUUCGCAUCAUGGACGGCUUUCGAUCGCGGGCGUCCAGAGGAUGAGCACGGGGGACGAACAGUUAGCUGCAACCGGUGCCAGUUCGUCGAGUCCAGCUGCAGGGAAUCACAGCAAGGGCAUCAGUGGCAGAUGGAAAGGAAGGCAAUGAGCUCCCAACGCAAGAUUCUGCUUCCGAGUAGGACACCUGGAAUUGUCGAAGCAGAAGAAGCGGAUCAUCCAGCAUCCUAAACCAUGUCCAAUUGAGAAUACAAAGAAAGAAAGAUCGAGGCUUUUUGGAGCAGCAGCUCUUAUUGCAUUGUAAACAUGUAUAUGGCUUGAAUGGCCUCUCUUGUUCCGCAACAUCAACAGAGUCCACGCCUGUUCCUCUGUUUU